UCAGAUGUCUUUCAUAAAAGGGCAUCCCUUCGAAGGCAAGGAAUAAACAUCCCCCCACCUAAAAGCCCUCUCUCUCACUCACUGUACAAAAACAAAAACACGGUGGGGGAGUAAAAUGUGAAUGGCGAUUAUGAUAACGAUAAUGAUGGUGUUCUGUUGCACCUAUCCGAUCUUUUAAAAGCAUCUCAUUUUAGUAUUUUACACACAUAUUUGUACUUCUAUGUUUAAUGCUCAGUUCAAGCGUUAAUUAAAGGUAUAUUAAUGGCAACAAGACAUGGAUCAAAAUCUAAAAAACCUAGUCCAAGAGCAGCAGCCAGUAACAAUUCGCUGUCAUCACCAACCACAUCAUCAUCGCAGCAAUUUUUAGAACCCUCUGUUGAUGGUCUGAGCUCACCGGCAUCAUCAUCUACGAAAAGUAAAGUUCUGUACUCCUACUCAGAAAGUUUGUCUUUGGAUUCUGAGAGAUCCAAAGAGAAUGUUACAGUUACAGUGCGCUUUCGCCCUCUAAGCCCAAGAGAAAUUCGUCUAGGAGAGGAGAUUGCAUGGUACGCAGAUGGUGAUACAAUAGUGAGGAAUGAGCACAAUCCAUCAAUAGCAUAUGCAUAUGAUCGAGUAUUUGGCCCCACAACCACAACACGACAUGUCUAUGAUGUUGCUUCACAGCAUGUUGUCAGUGGUGCUAUGGAAGGAAUCAAUGGUACAAUCUUUGCAUAUGGAGUUACAAGCAGUGGGAAGACACACACCAUGCAUGGUGACCAGAGGUCCCCAGGCAUUAUACCAUUAGCUGUAAAAGAUGCUUUCAGCAUCAUUCAAGAGACUCCAAGUCGAGAGUUUCUUCUCCGUGUCUCAUAUUUGGAAAUCUACAACGAGGUUGUUAACGACUUGUUGAAUCCAGCUGGACAGAAUUUAAGAAUCAGAGAGGAUUCUCAGGGAACCUUUGUCGAAGGAAUAAAGGAAGAAGUUGUAUUGUCCCCAGCUCAUGCCCUCUCCCUGAUUGCAACAGGAGAAGAGCACAGACAUGUCGGUUCAACAAACUUCAAUUUACUCAGCAGCAGGAGUCAUACAAUAUUCACGCUGACAAUAGAGAGUAGCCCAUAUGGUGAGAGUUGUGAAGGCGAGGCUGUUAGCUUGUCACAGCUGAACCUUAUUGACUUGGCCGGUUCUGAGAGCUCAAAAGCCGAAACAACAGGGGUGCGCCGGAAAGAGGGAUCCUAUAUCAAUAAAAGCUUGCUUACUCUUGGAACUGUCAUCUCAAAACUAACAGAUGGGAGAUCUACACACAUACCAUACAGGGACUCUAAAUUGACGAGGCUUCUUCAAUCUUCAUUAAGUGGUCAUGGACGCGUAUCUGUAAGAGUUUACCAUGUGCACACAUACAUGUGGUAUGUUUGUGGUGUGCACAUAUGUGUUCAUGUGCAUCUAAUCUGCACCGUUACCCCCUCAUCAAGCAAUUCAGAAGAAACACAUAACACGUUGAAGUUUGCCCACCGUGCAAAACAUAUUGAAAUAAAAGCAUCACAAAACAAGAUAAUCGAUGAGAAAUCACUUAUUAAGAAAUACCAAACUGAAAUUCGUUGUUUGAAGGAAGAAUUAGAACAACUAAGAAGAGGCAUAGUCACAGUUCCGCAAGCAAAAGACAUUGGAGGAGAUGAUAUUUUGCUCCUAAAACAGAAGCUAGAAGAUGGUCAAGUGAGAUUGCAAUCAAGAUUGGAACAAGAGGAAGAAGCUAAAGCUGCUUUAAUGGGCAGAAUACAGAGGCUAACAAAAUUGAUUCUUGUGUCAACAAAAGCUUCACCAUCAUCAAGAUUUCCUCACCGCCCAGGACCAAGAAGAAGGCAUUCCUUUGGAGAAGAAGAGCUUGCUUAUCUUCCACAUAGGAGACGAGAUUUGAUCUUGGAUGAUGAAAAUGACUUGAAUGAUUCUCUUGAUGGCAGUGCAGAAACUACUGAUGACACAUUGAAAGAAGAGAAACGCACUAAGAAGAAUGGAUUGCUCAACUGGUUAAAGUUACGGAAACGGGAUAGUGGUACUGGGACCUUGGCAGGCUCCAGUGACAAAUCGAGUGGAAUGAAAUCAACGAGUAUACCUUCAACGCCUCAAGUUGAGAGUACUAAUAUUCAAAUGGAAGCAAGAUAUCCACAGUCCUUACUCACAGAAACUGCUCCAUCUGCUGUCAAUUUAUCUGAUGUCAGAGAGAACGAAGAAGUCCUCCCUGACGACGACUUUUUGGGACAAGAGACUCCACUGACCAGCAUAAAGACUAUGGAUCAAAUCGACCUUCUGAGAGAACAGCAAAAGAUCUUAUCUGGUGAAGUAGCACUUCACACGAGUGCUUUAAAGCGUUUAUCUGAGGAGGCUGCACAAAAUCCCAGGAAAGAGCAUCUCCAGGCGGAGAUUCGCAAACUGAAUGAAGAAAUGCGGAGAAAGAAUGAACAAAUAGCUUCACUGGGAAAACAAAUUGCUGAUUGCAUUGUUCCUUCUCAUGACAAAAAGGACAACUUCGAGGAAACACAAUCUAUGUCUGAAUUGAUGGAACAGUUAAAUGAGAAAUCAUUUGAACUUGAGGUCAAAGCUGCAGACAAUCGAAUAAUCCAAGAGCAACUUAACCAAAAGAUCUUGGAAUGUGAUGAGUUGCAAGAAACAAUUAACACCUUGAGACAACAGCUCUCUGAUGCUUUACAGCAGAGAAACUGCACCCCAUUGAGUAGUCAUUCACAACUCUUUUUGGAAACCAAAGGUUUGCAGGUAGAACUUCGUAUGGGGAAAAAAAAUGAAGUCCUGAAAGAUGGAAAUGAAACAUUGCUUCUACAAGCUCAGGCAAAUGAAAUUGAAGAUCUAAAAAAGAAACUCACUAUGUUAACUGAUUCAAAAGAGGAAUUAGAGCUACGCAACAAUAAACUGGCGGAGGAAAGUUCAUACGCAAAGGGAUUAGCAUCUGCCGCUGCUGUCGAGUUAAAGGCUCUGUCUGAGGAAGUUGCAAAACUAAUGAAACACAAUGAAAAAUUAGCUGCAGAGCUGGAAGUGCAAAAACACUCUCCAACUCAGCGCCGAGCAACUAUUGCCAACAGGAAUGGCAGGAGAGAUGGUUAUGUCAAACGACUUGAGCAAGGUGUCUUGACCUCAGAUAUGAAGAGAGAAUUGGCCCUGAGUCGUGAAAAGGAGCUUUCUUAUGAAGCUGCGCUGGCUGAAAAGGAUCAAAGAGAAGCUUAUUUACAGAGGAAAGUUGAAGAAUCUAAACAAAAAGAAGCCUACCUAGAGAAUGAACUUGCAAACAUGUGGGUUCUCGUGGCAAAGCUAAAAAAGUCUCAAGGAGUUGAAAAUGAUGAAUCAAAAAGAGAAAACCGGCGGUUAUCUGAUGACUUUCAGAUAUAAAAUAAUCAGAUUCCAAUGUAAGGAUUUUCGAUAGAUAGUGAUUGUAAGUAGAGACAGGAGUCAAAAUUUUCCAUGUGUGAUUAAUGCUAAGCUGAGAUGGAAUGGGUUGUGCAUUGUAAAGUUGAACACUUGGUUUCUGUUUUUGCUUUUUAAUCAUUUCCCGAGUGCUUAAUCUAAUACCGAAUUUGAUUUGUAUCUUUUA